UGGACCAGAGGAAGUUUACUCGAUGCUGGUUCCGUGCGGCUGAGCCAAACUUUCACCCCCUCCUUCGGCUCCAGCUCCAGCGGCAGGAGGCGGCACCGUGGACCGGGAACCAGGGAUCCAGCGGCGGCGGCAGCUCCAGCUCCGGCUCCCGCUCCAGCUCCAGCAGCAUCCGGGAGGAAUAACUUGACAUCGGGGAUCGCAGAGGAAUUUCACUCCCCCCCCCCCUCCUCCUCCUCCUACUCCCCUUUCCCUUCUCCUCACCCUUCUUCUUCUUCUUCUUCUCUCCGGGAUCCGCGAUGGGGAAGGAGCAGGAGCUGCUCGAAGCGGCUCGCACGGGAAACCUGGCCGCCGUGGAGAAGCUUUUAUCCGGGAAGCGGCAGUCCUUGGGCACCGGCGGCGGGUCGUCGGGCACCGGAGGAGGAGGCAGCAGCGGCGGCCACGGAGCCUCCUCUCACCCGCUCUCCAGUCUGCUCAGCAUCUGGAGAGGCCCCAAUGUGAAUUGUGUGGACAGCACUGGAUACACCCCCCUCCACCACGCUGCCCUGAAUGGACACAGCGAGGUGGUGGAGGCGCUGCUACGAAACGAGGCCUUGACCAACAUCGCCGACAACAAGGGUUGCUACCCGCUGCACCUGGCAGCGUGGAAGGGGGACGAGCACAUCGUCAAGCUGCUCGUUCACCAGGGGCCGUCGCACCCCCGACUCAACGAGCAGAGCUCUGUAGACCAUAAAGAGUUCAAACGCUGUGGGCCCUUUGACCCCUAUAUUAAUGCCAAGAAUAAUGACAACGAGACGCCGCUGCACUGCGCCGCCCAGUACGGCCACUUCCAGGUGGUGCGGCUGCUGCUGGAGGAGUUGACGGACCCCACCAUGAGGAACAACAAGUUCGAGACCCCCCUGGACCUGGCGGCCCUCUACGGCCGCUUGGAGGUGGUCAAGCUGCUGCUCUGUGCCCACCCCAACCUGCUCUGCUGUAACACCAAGAAACACACGCCGCUGCACCUGGCCUCUCGGAACGGACACCUGUCUGUGGUGGAGGUGCUGCUGGACGCCGGCAUGGACAUCAACUAUGAGACGGAGAAAGGCAGCGCCCUCCACGAAGCGGCCUUGUUCGGGAAGGCGGAUGUGGUGCAGAGACUUCUCAGUGCAGGUAUCGACGUGAACAUCACCGACCGGAAGGGCCUCCCAGCGCUGGACACGGUCAAGGACAUGCCCUCCCAGAAGAGCAGAGAAAUAGUUGCUCUCGUUUUAGGUCACAUGGCCGGGAAACCCCCUGACAUCGACCUCCCCCCUCCACCACUACCACCGCCUCAGGAGAGUCCCAGCCCACGCAGAAAGGGUGAAAUGGAGAAGAUGAGUGAGUUGAUCUCGGGGCUGGCCCCGGGGCCCGAGGAGGAGAGCCCAUAUGAGGCCCUGUAUGAAGCCACCUCCUGUCACUCUCUGGACAGCCUCGCCAGCGGCAAGUCCUCUGACAGAGACUCUGGACGGCCGGAUAGUGAAGCUGGCAAGAAAGAUCGUCUGGUCCACACAUCACAUCCUGGUCCUGGUCAUGAAGAGAUGAAGAGCUCAGAGGCGCUGCAUACUAACAGCAUCAUUGAUGAGAGAGGCGAGCCGGUGGAGGAGGAGGAUCACACGUACGAGUUGUUGCUGUCAGCACAGACCAAAGUCCCACUGCCCAGCAAGGAGUCCCACUCCCACAAAGAUGAGAAUACCACUGCACAGUCUUCCAACAGUGUCCUACCUCAGCGUAAACCCACUGCCCCAAAUGACCUCCAAGCCCCGAGCACGACGAAAGACUCCCUGCACCUUCCUGGAUGGGUCGGCCCACGGCUACCGGGAGAUAACUCCCAGCUCAGCCAGGAGCCAGGUGUCCCGGAGGUGUUCACUGGCCUCCUGCACGGAUCCUCUCCUGUCUUCGACUCCGCCGAGGAGCCCUUCAGGCUCCCAGGUGUUCCGCUCCCCGCCAAGGGCCAGAAAGAAUCACGGAAAACUGCCAAAGUAAAAGAGGAAGUAGUAGCAGCAGCCACGCCGCCACCUAGCCGUCCCAGUAUGGCGGCCAUCCUCACAGACUGUGACCCAAAAGCGAUUUAUGCAACUGUGAUCAAGGAACACAGGGACUCUGGGGCCGGGGCUGUGUCUGCCGGAAGGAUGCGCCCGCCUGGGGAUCUGAAACUGGCAGGCAGCCUCUCCAAGUCUGACUCAGACUUACUGGUGUCGCCUCCCAGCGAGGAGGACGGCGGACUGGGGAACCGUAGCGAGUCUGUUUCGAACUGUAGCACUGGAAAGAAGAGGCUUGAGAAAUCUCCCUCUUUCACUUCAGAAUGGGACGAGAUCGAGAAGAUCAUGACGCUGAUCGGUGCCGGCAUCGAUUUUUCCAGAGAUCAGCAAUAUGCUACGCCAGGUGCUGCGGGCCGGCUGCUGGACCAGCCCGUGGGAGACUGGCUGGAGCACGUGGGGCUCCCGCAGUACGAGAGCAAGCUGCUCCUCAACGGCUUCGACGACCUGCACUACAUGGGUAGUAAUGUCAUGGAGGACCAGGACCUGAGAGAGAUCGGGAUCCAGGACCCAAGUCACAGAAAGAAGAUCCUGCACGCAGCACGGUCACUACCUAAGGUGAAAGCUCUGGGCUGUGACGGCAGCAGCUCCCUGUCCUCCUGGCUGGACAACCUGGGACUGCAAGAGUACUUACACAACUUCCUGACCAGCGGCUACCGCACUCUGGACUGUGUGAAGAACCUGUGGGAGUUAGAGAUCGUCAACGUGCUGAAGAUCUCCCUCCUGGGUCACAGGAAACGCAUCAUUGCUUCUUUAGCAGAGAGGCCGUACGAGGAGCCUCCGGUCAAACCUCCUCGCUUGUCUCAGAUCAGGUGCCAAGACCUGCCUGGAUCCCACACCUCGUCCCCCCUCAGUCAGAUGGAUUCCUACGCAGGUCGAUCCAUGGACCCUCUGCUGCCUCUAGUGGAGCCAGGGAGGAAAAAAGUGCCAAAUAACGACUACGACGUGACCCAAAGAUAUCACAGUGAACGACACAGAACUCAUGAGCGGUAUGAGGAGCGGCAUCGAGAGCCGCGUCUGACGCUGCGUCCUCCGAGUCUGGCCGCGCCCUACGCUCCCGUCCAGAACUGGCACCACUCACCGGAGAAGCUCAUCUUCGAAUCCUGUGAUUACGAAGCCAGUUACCUGGGGUCCAUGCUCAUCAAAGAGCUGCGAGGUACCGAGUCCACGCAGGAUGCUUGCGCCAAAAUGCGGAGGUCGACGGAACAGAUGAGGAAGGUCCCGACCAUCCUCCUCUCCAUCACCUACAAGGGGGUGAAGUUCAUCGAUGCAGCCAAUAAGAACAUCAUCGCAGAACACGAGAUCCGGAAUAUUUCAUGUGCAGCCCAGGACCCGGAGGACCUGUGCACGUUUGCUUACAUCACCAAGGACCUGCAGACCAGCCACCACUACUGCCACGUGUUCAGCACAGUCGACGUGAACUUGACCUAUGAGAUUAUUCUGACCCUGGGUCAGGCGUUCGAGGUGGCCUAUCAGCUGGCUCUGCAGGCCCAGAGGACCAAGCAGCACCAGAGCCUCCCGGUGGGACCUGGUUCUGAGAUCACAGAGAUCAUGUCCAGCCGGCCGGUUCCCAAACCACGAGGCAGCGUUAAGAAGUCGGGGGGGGACGGUGUGGACCAGGAGGGCGACGCCCAGUCCCAGGGCAGCGCCACGUGGCUCGUGGACCCCAAGGAAUCCAAGCGCACUAUCAGCACCAACUGAACACUGUGGCCACUCCCAGCCUGUAAGAAAGAGCCCUGUUGUCGUGUUGGGUUUGUUUUCUCGUUGGGAAAGUGACCCACUGACCACGCAGCAGAUCACAUGACCAGUCGGGAGGUUCCCGCCACAGUAACGCACGGGCGCCCGGAGACUCUCUCAUCACUGCACCCUCCCGUCACCUGACACACACAUCACCACACACACACACACACACACACACACACAUAGACACACACCUUCAUUUAGCUUCCUGCUCAUCAGGGGAUGUUCCUCAACCUGUCAUUAAAGUGGAAGCGGCUGAUUUCUCUGUGUUGUUGUUGUUCUGAUACAAAGGUACAAGUUGUCGGUAAGAGACCUCACACUGUCGGUACACCCCCCCCCCUCCUGGAUUAUCUGUCCCUUAUCCAAACACUGGAGCGUCUCUUGACGACCACGAGCUUCUCAUCCACACCGUGCGUAUAUAUAACUGUGAUAAACGGGAGGAACUCUCGAGCCGAACUCAGAAAGGGAAGAGGAAGCGACACUACAAACACUGUUCCACGGUGAUGUAACGGGGGGGCGGCUUUUUUUAUGAUUUGAAAGUUGUCUCUCUUCUUGUUUUUGUAUGUUUUAAUUGUUUUAUAGGACAAUGACGUGUCCUAAUGCAGGAACUGGAUCAGGCGUGGUUCUCUCUCUCUCUCUCUCUCCCUCCCUGCGUCUUUGUUAAUCUAGACAAGAUUUUUUUUCACCCAACCUGCCACACAGGCUGGUACGUCUCUUAGUCUGUAGCCUCGGAACAGAACAAUAGGGCAAGUCUCUCCCAACUCACUCCCCAGUGCGCUGACUGUUAAUGGUACUUUCUCUUUUUUUGUCGGCUCAUGUGUAUAUGGGUUGGUAGUCAGGUUGUUUUUUUGGUUUAACUGUUGUAUAUGUGGUACCCUGUCAGGCCGGUUGGUUAACUUGAUGGUACGCUGUGUUCGCUGGUGUUGGCACCUUCAGCCGUCGGCCUGGUCCCGUUCUGCUUUGCACAUCGCUGAGGAUCAGGAGAUAGAGAGAUUUCUGGGACUAGCCUGAUGACAACAAUGAUGAGAAUGAUAUUGUACAUGAAUCUAGCAGUCUGUAUUUUGAUACUUGAAUGAUUUUUGCUUUUAUAGAUAUAUAUAUAUAUAUAUGUAUAUGUAUGUAUGUAUGUAUGUAUGUAAUUUUUGACGUUUGUCAAAAGAGAGAAAAGGACUAUGUCUUAUAAAGUUAAACAUAUCGUGAAUAAAUACCCUGUGAUAAAAAAAUAAAGGUUAAAUAAACUAUGACUCAAAAGAGGGACCUCACUUCAGAAAAAAAAAGAUUGUACAUAAUCUUGGGCUUCCAGUCUUUUUUAUGAAUAUUUUUCAUAAUUGUUCAACUAAUA